AUGAAAAAAAUAAUAUUCAGUUUGUUUUAUAUCUUAAGUUUAGCUUGUGGACCUUGUUUAACUAUUAGAGAAUAUAGUAAGGAAGAUAUUUUAAAGCUUCGAGAAGAAGUUCGCGAAAUGUUUCAACAUGCGUAUGAUAGUUAUUUGCGUUAUGCGUACCCUUAUGACGAAUUAAGGCCUCUCAGUUGUGAUGGAGUAGAUACAUGGGGGAGUUACUCCCUUACAUUAAUUGAUGCACUUGAUACACUCGCUAUUAUAGGCAAUCAUACAGAGUUCAACAGAGUUGUAGAUAUAGUUUUACAAAAACAGAAUUUUGAUACAGACAUUAAUGUUUCUGUUUUUGAAACUAAUAUUAGAAUUAUAGGAGGAUUGUUAAGUGCACAUCUGUUAUCUCAUAAAACAGGUUUGAAGUUAGAACCAGGCUGGCCAUGUAAUGGCCCUCUUCUACGUCUUGCUGAAGAUGUGGCGCAUAGACUUAUAGCAGCAUUUGAUACAGCUACUGGGAUGCCAUAUGGUACUAUUAAUUUAAGAUCUGGUGUGCCACCAGGAGAAACAAGUGUAACAUGCACUGCUGGAGUUGGAACAUUUAUUGUAGAAUUUGGUACAUUAAGUAGACUUACUGGAGAUCCAUUAUAUGAAGAGGUAGCCUACAAUGCUCUAAAAGCACUCUAUCACCACAGAUCACCGAUAGGACUCUUGGGGAAUCAUAUAGAUGUGAUGACUGGAAGAUGGACAGCACAAGAUGCUGGUAUUGGUGGAGGUGUAGAUUCAUACUAUGAAUACUUAGUUAAAGGUGCGAUAUUGCUAGAAAAACCAGAAUUAAUGUCAAUGUUUAACGAAGCGCGGCAAGUAAUCGACAAGUACCUAAAAAAAGACGAUUGGUUUGUGUGGGCCACCAUGUUGCGGGGACACGUCACAUUACCCGUCUUUCAAUCUCUUGAGUCCUAUUGGCCGGGUCUUCUUAGUUUAAUUGGCGAGACUGACACAGCGAUGCGUAUAAUACACAACUAUCACAGCGUGUGGAAACAAUACGGGUUCACGCCCGAAGUAUACAAUCUGGGCACGGGCGAAGCGUCGUCUUCCCGAGAGAGCUAUCCCUUGCGACCGGAGUUGAUCGAGUCCAUCAUGUAUCUGUACAGGGAGACAAGAGACCCCAUACUCCUUCAGAUGGGUGAAGACAUUUUGCGGAGUAUACAACAUAGCGCCAGAACUCCGUGUGGUUAUGCCACGAUAAAAGAUGUCCGGGACCACCGUAAAGAGGAUCGAAUGGAAUCAUUUUUCCUGGCAGAAACAACCAAAUAUCUUUAUUUGCUCUUUGAUCCUGAUAACUUCAUUCACAAUCCCGGAGUUCAUGGCACUGUUAUAAACACGCCUAAUGGCGAGUGCAUUGUGGACGUGGGUGGUUACAUCUUCAAUACCGAAGCGCAUCCCAUAGACCCAACAAUGCUUUAUUGUUGCCAUGAAGCAAGACAAGGCAUCAACAUCAGUGAAGUACAUAGAAUAUAUCAAAUAUUGGAAGAAGAGGACAAUAUUCAAUUUAUGACAAUGAUUGAUGUUUCUGUUAAUAAUGCCUCUACAAAAGAAAGCGUUAGUGAGGUGGAACGUAAUACAGCUGUUGAAAAUAUUUCAAGUGAAAUUUCCUACGCUGACAAAAACAAGUUGAAACAAGAUGAGUUAAUAAAAACAGAAACAAGGACAGGUUAUGUCAACAUAGACGGGACGGAAAGAGAAAAAAGUAAAAAUGAGACAACUUUAAGUGAUAUUGUUAAAGAAAGAAUCAACAGCUACUAUAAUAAUACUAAUGUGGUAUCUGAACAAGACGAAGAGUCUAAAGACGUAGAAAAAGUAUUCCCUGCCAAGGAAUCUGAAAAGAAUAUAGAAAUUGACGAUAUUACAGUUGUUCAAAGACCGCAAGAGUCUGAACAUUUACAACUGCCAAGUACUACAAAGGCAAAAGAAGCUUUGAUAAUGUUACCGAAAGUUAUUCAGGAUUUUUUGAAUAAUGAUUGGAAAUUAAAGCCGAAAUGUGAACCGCAAUAUAUGUUGGAGCGAAUCCGUAAAGAACAAAAAUACCCGGAUCACCCCGACGUCAAUAAAUACCAACUAUUAUUAACUCCGGCGCAAUCUUUCUUACAAAGGAUAUCUUUAGCUGGUGAAUUCUUAAAUAAGAAGCAACUAGACUUAUAA